GUCCAUCAUUGCCUUAGCUCCGACACCGUUAAAAUGUAUCAUGUCUCCUCCUCUUCUUCAUCUUCUCUGGCGACUAAUGAUGUUUCUACGCCUCUUCUGAACCGAAACCGGCCCCAUUCUUCGCAACCAUUACGUGGCGCAGCGUCGCGGCUUCUCCGACGUGCUAGCAGCCGAGGGAUGAUGCUCCGUGAGUCAUCGGUUCGAGUCCGUGAGACAGCGGCUGAGGAGAUUGAGGAGAGACAGAGUGAGUGGGCGUACUCUAAACCGGUUAUAGUCUUGGAUGUGGUCUGGAAUCUAGCUUUCGUGUUCGUCACUGUUGGAGUUUUAUGGUUUAGCUCGGAGGAGAAUCCUGGUGUUCCUCUCAGAUUCUGGAUCAUUGUGUAUAAUCUACAGUGUCUGCUUCAUGUUGUCUGUGUGAUUGUAGAGUAUCGUCGCCGACGUCGACAAGAUUCAGAUUCCGGUUUAGCCUCCAGUCAAGGAUCUAGUGAAGACGAAUCUGAUGUUCCUGAGAUUGAAUCUGGAACUAGUCUUGCUAAGCGUCUUGAAUCAACGAAUGCAAUUUUCUCAUUUGUGUGGUGGAUCAUCGGUUUCUAUUGGGUCACUUCUGGUUCUGGCGAACUCGCUCAAAGCUCACCUCGACUCUACUGGCUUUGUGUGGCGUUUCUGACGUUUGAUGUUAUCUUUCUAGUCCUAUGCGUUGCUAUUGCUUCUUUUAUUGGUAUUGCUGUGUGCUGCUGUUUGCCUUGCAUCAUCGCGAUUUUGUACGCUUUGGCAGAGCGGGAAGGUGCAUCUGAUGAUGAGAUAGAAAGGCUUCCGAAAUAUAAGUUUCUAACGGUGAGAAACUCAGAGAAAGUGAAUGGUGAGAUACUGGAAACUCAUGGAGGGAUAAUGACUCAACUUGGUGUUGAUUCUCCUACUGAACGUGUGUUAUCGAAUGAUGAAGCUGAAUGUUGUGUUUGUCUUUGUGAAUAUGAAGAUGGAACAGAGCUGAGAGAGCUUUGGUGUAGACACCAUUUCCAUGAAGCUUGUAUAGACAAAUGGCUACGUAUUAAUGCCACUUGCCCUCUCUGCAAAUUCAACAUUCUCAAAUCAGGUGAACAAAGCGGUAACGAUGCAGUAUGAUCAAAGUUUCUUCAUUCAGGGAUGAUGUUCAUCUUUGUUUACUCUCUCUAUUAUCUUGUUGUAUAAAUGCAGAAAGUGUAUCUUUAUAUUAAACAAAUGUUAAUAAUUACAUGUUUUUUUUUGUAAAAGGGCUUAAUAAUUACAUGUUGGAAUUGCUU